AUGUCAAGAUAUCAUAAAGCGGCUAUUGAUGGCUACUUGGACCUUCUGAAAGAGGCCACAAGGAAAGAUCUGAACACUCCGGAUGAGGAUGGCAUGACACCCACACUAUGGGCAGCAUAUCACGGACACAUCGACGCCCUUCAGCUGAUAUGUAGUAGAGGUGGGGAUCCUAACAGAAGUGACAUAUGGGGAAAUACACCUUUACACCAUGCUGCUUCAAAUGGCCACAUGCACAUUAUCAGCUUCCUAGUGAGCUUUGGAGCCAACCUUUUUGCUCAAGACAAUGACUACCACACUCCCAUGGAUGUGGCGGCUUCCCGGGACCAUAUGAACUGCGUCCGUUUCCUAGAUGAUGCUGCCUCGAAGCAGACCAGCCAGAACCCCAAGAAGGUGGCCCGUCUUAAGGAGCAAGCCACCAAAGAAGCAGAACAACGGGUGAAGUUGUGUGAAAAAGUGAAAAGGAGGCACCAGAGUAGAAUGGAUAGGAUUCACAGAGGAAGUCGUGGAUCGGUGUCCUCAGAAAUCAGCCUCCUCUCUCACCCGAGCAUAGGCACCAUUAGCAAUGCCAAUGAGCAGUUCUCCAAGCUCAUUGCUGCAGAUACCAAAGGUCCCAUCUCCACUCGGUUUAAGGGAACACUCCAGGGCAAAUUCAAGAAGAAAGAUAAAGGGACACUGACCAGACCAGGAGAUUCCAAUGUCAUCUUUGUCAAGCAGGAGAAUGGAACAGUUAGAGAACCAAAAUUUACAGAUGUCUUCAACGAACAGGAUGAGUUUGAAGAGGAGGGAACAAGGGCUGUGGAAGAUGAAGAGGAAGAAAGUGACACCAAGGAGUCCAUUUUCAAGAGACCUGGCUUAGGGAAUAUGGUGUUCCGAAAGAGCUUCUCCAUGGAAAUGAUGGAUCCAGAGGAUUAUCCAAGUGGUGACACAGAAGAUCUGGGAUUCCUGGUCCGUAAAGAAGUGUUUGAGGCUGCUGAGGAAGAGGAAGUGGACGUUUUUGCAGAUGAAGGAGCCAACGACUUGCCCUGGAACCAGGAGGAGCUUGGCCUUGAUGAGGAAGAUGAGGAGACUUCACCCUUGGAUACCUUCCUCUCUUCUAUCAACCUGUUGGACUUUGCACCUGUGUUCACUCGCGAACAGCUUGACUUGGAUGCGCUCAUUCUGUGUUCUGACGAGGACCUGAAAGGAAUCCGUAUCCAGCUUGGACCACGGAAGAAGAUUCUGGAAGCGGUGGCCAGGCGGAAAGAAGCUUUGGGACGUCCAGGUCCACUAAAGGAUACAAUAUUAUGA